AGUCGUGGAUCCGGAGUGAGGUGGCGGAGAGUGUGUAACAGCAGCUGUUGUCCAGUGUUGCGAGAACCCAGUUCUCCUGUUGCUGUCAUGGGCUUCACGGCGGUGCUGCUGUCCCUCCUCCUGGUGUCUCUGAGCUGGUCCAGAGGAGCCAUCAUCACAGGGGCCUGUGAGAGAGAUGUGCAGUGUGGGUUCGGUCUGUGCUGUGCUGUCAGUCUGUGGCUGAGAGGUCUGAGGAUGUGUGCCCCGAGAGGUUUGGAGGGGGAAGAGUGUCAUCCCUUCAGCCACAAGGUGCCUUAUCCGGGAAAAAGGCAACACCACACCUGCCCCUGUCUCCCCCACCUGGUGUGCACCAGAUACGCUGAUAGCAAGUAUAGAUGCACUGAAGACUUCAAAAACAUGGACUUUUAACAGACGGCCAAGCAUUCAGAUGAAGAAAGGCGGAGCAGGAAGAACAUCUGAGAUGAAGAUUGAGAGGGAAGAUUUCAACAAGCUGAGGAUCAAAAACAUAUAUCUUAUCUUCACUGGCUGUAAUUCUUCAUUUGUGUACUCUAUGCACUAUAAUAUAUAGUUUGUAUAUUCUAUUACUGCACACAACAAACACAGGGAAAAGAGACGUUGAGACAGUUUACCCAACUAACAAGAGCCACAGUCGAUACGACACUUUUUCCUUAAUGACAACACAGAUCAUUGAAUAGCUGU